UAAGUCCCCUCAUCGCUCCUCAAAUUCUCUCUGUUCCAAACUAAAGAGAGACAGAAACCUUUUUAACUUUUCAGAAAAUCUUGAAGAGGAGACAUACAAAAGUGAGAAACAAACAAAGAAUUCUUCAAUUCGUGUUCCCACUUUUCUACACUGAUCUCUGUGGAGAAGGAAGUCCAGCUGUGGAGAAGAAGCAUAACAUGGAGGGAUACGGAGUAGAGAAAGCAAGGGCUUCGGGACGGCGGACUAGCCGAAACUUCAGCAGCAGCAUAAGCAGGAGCUUGAGCAGGUCGAAUUGGGGGAUGGAGGAUGUGUUUUCCGGAAGCAGGAACUCCAGGAGGAGCAGCCGAAGAGCUGAGGAAGAUGAGGAGGCUCUGAAAUGGGCCGCUAUAGAGAAGCUACCGACGUAUGACCGAUUGAGGACUAGUAUCAUGCAAUCUUUUCUGGAGCAUGAGGUCCAUGGAAACCAGGUUGUGCACAAAGAAGUGGAUGUGACAAAACUGGACCUGUCUGACCGACAGAAGUUCAUCGAUCAGAUUUUCAAGAUUGCUGAGGAAGAUAAUGAGAAGUUCUUGAAGAAAUUCAGAAGCAGGAUUGAUAAGGUCGGAAUUCGACUUCCCAAGGUAGAGGUCAGGUUUGAACACUUAAACAUAGAAGCCAAUUGCCAUAUCGGUACAAGGGCUCUUCCAACCCUUCCAAAUGCUGCCAGAAACAUUGCAGAGUCAGUUAUUGGCAUGCUGGGAAUUAGUUUAACUAAGAGAACAAAACUCACCAUCCUCAAAGAUGCCUCAGGAAUUAUUAAACCAUCAAGGAUGACACUCUUGUUAGGCCCACCCUCUUCUGGCAAAACAACCCUUUUGCUGGCAUUGGCUGGAAAAUUGGACCCAAGCUUGAAGGUCAAAGGAGAAGUAACUUACAAUGGGUAUAAACUCAAUGAAUUUGUGCCUAAAAAGACUUCUGCAUACAUUAGUCAAAAUGAUGUUCAUGUUGGAGAAAUGACUGUUAAAGAAACUCUUGAUUUCUCCGCAAGGUGCCAAGGAGUUGGUACUCGAUAUGAUCUUCUGAGUGAGCUUGCAAGAAGGGAAAAAGAUGCAGGAAUUUUCCCAGAGGCAGAAGUGGACCUUUUCAUGAAAGCAACUGCAAUGAAGGGAGUUGAAAGCAGCCUAAUUACAGACUACACUCUCAAGAUUCUGGGGCUUGAUAUCUGUAAAGAUACAAUUGUUGGAGAUCAAAUGCACCGCGGAAUUUCUGGUGGACAGAGAAAAAGAGUAACAACAGGGGAGAUGAUUGUUGGUCCCACCAAGGCAUUGUUUAUGGAUGAGAUAUCAACAGGGCUUGAUAGCUCCACAACAUACCAAAUAGUUAAAUGCUUGCAGCAGAUUGUGCACCUUACUGAGGCCACAAUCUUGAUUUCCCUACUCCAGCCUGCUCCUGAGACGUUUGAUCUCUUUGAUGAUAUCAUUCUCCUAUCAGAGGGUCAGAUCGUCUAUCAGGGCCCACGAGAACACAUCCUUGAGUUCUUUGAGUGCUGUGGGUUCAAGUGCCCUGAGAGAAAGGGAACCGCUGAUUUCUUACAAGAGGUUACCUCAAGGAAAGACCAAGAGCAGUACUGGGUAGACAGAAAUAAGCCAUAUAGAUACAUCACAGUGACUGAGUUUGCAAACAAGUUCAAGCGUUUCCAUGUCGGCAUGCGGCUCGACAAUGAGCUCUCGGUGCGUUUCGACAGGUCAAAGGGUCAUAGAGCAGCCUUGGCAUUCAAGAAAUACUCAGUCCCCAAAAUGGAACUCCUCAAGGCGUGCUGGGACAAAGAAUGGUUACUCAUCAAGAAAAAUUCUUUUGUUUACGUUUUCAAGACGGUUCAGAUCAUCAUUGUGGCAAUCAUAGGAUCCACGGUGUUCAUAAGGACAAGAAUGCAUACAAGGAACGAGGAAGAUGGGGCAAAAUAUAUUGGUGCACUUCUAUUCUGCAUGGUCAUUAACAUGUUCAAUGGUUUCUCCGAGCUAGCCAUCAUGAUCAGCAGGCUUCCUUCUGUCGUUUGGAUGGUCACUACAUAUUACUCAAUUGGAUUUGCACCUGAAGCUGGCAGGUUUUUCAAGCAAUUUUUGGUGAUAUUCUUGGUUCAACAAAUGGCAUCCGGGUUAUUCAGGCUCAUUGCUGGAGUAUGUAGAACAAUGAUCAUUGCAAAUACUGGCGGGGCCCUCACUCUUCUGCUUAUCUUCUUGCUGGGAGGUUUCAUCAUUCCUAAAAAUCAAAUUCCGAAAUGGUGGGAAUGGGGUUAUUGGGUGUCACCUUUGUCAUAUGGAUACAAUGCCAUGGCCACAAAUGAAAUGUAUGCUCCAAGGUGGAUGAAGCAACCGUCUUCAGAAAUCGGCACUAGCUUAGGGGUGAAAGUGCUCAGAAACUUUGAUGUCUUCACAAAUGAAAACUGGUAUUGGAUUGGUGUAGCAGCUCUCUUUGGGUUCACAGUGCUUUUCAAUGUCCUCUUUACGUUUGCACUCACGUACCUUAGCCCUCCUGGCAAACCACAAGCAAUAAUUUCUGAAGAGACAGCAGACGAUAUGGAGGCAGGGCAAGACGGAACUAACGAUCAACCAAGAUUAAGAAGACCAAAGUCAAAGAAAAAUUCAUUCCCUCGAUCACUGUCUGCUUUGGAUGGAAACAAUUCUAGAGAAAUGGCAAUUCGGAGAAUGAGCAGUAGGGCUAAUCCUAGUGGAAUGGGUAGAAAUGCUGAUUCUACACUUGAGGCAGCCAAUGGAGUUGGCCCCAAGAGAGGAAUGGUUCUUCCUUUCACUCCUCUAGCCAUGUCAUUUGACAGUGUCAACUACUAUGUUGACAUGCCGCCUGAAAUGAAGGAGCAAGGAGUUGCAGAAGACAGGCUGCAGCUAUUGAGAGAAGUUACAGGGGCAUUUAGGCCAGGAGUGUUGACUGCACUAAUGGGAGUUAGUGGAGCCGGAAAGACAACAUUGAUGGAUGUUUUGGCAGGCAGAAAGACGGGUGGAUACAUUGAGGGCGAUAUCAGAAUAUCUGGAUUCCCUAAGAAACAAGAAACCUUUGCAAGAAUUUCUGGAUAUUGUGAACAAAAUGACAUACAUUCACCCCAAGUUACUAUCAGAGAAUCCUUGAUUUACUCAGCUUUCCUUCGACUCCCUAAAGAAGUCAGCAAAGAGGAAAAAAUGAUUUUUGUGGAUGAAGUGAUGGAACUGGUAGAGUUAGACAACCUCAAGGAUGCUAUAGUGGGGUUACCAGGAAUUACAGGGUUGUCAACAGAACAAAGAAAGAGAUUGACAAUUGCAGUAGAGCUUGUGGCCAAUCCAUCAAUUAUAUUCAUGGAUGAACCGACAUCUGGUCUUGAUGCAAGGGCAGCUGCCAUUGUCAUGAGGACUGUAAGAAACACAGUGGACACUGGAAGAACAGUUGUCUGUACAAUUCAUCAGCCUAGCAUUGACAUUUUUGAAGCUUUCGAUGAGCUUCUGCUGAUGAAGAGAGGAGGACAAGUGAUCUACUCAGGACCAUUGGGUAGAAAUUCUCACAAGAUAAUUGAAUAUUUUGAGGUGAUUCCUGGAAUCCCAAAGAUCAAGGACAAGUACAAUCCGGCAACAUGGAUGUUGGAAGUGAGCUCUAUUGCAGCUGAAGUUAGACUUGGAUUGGACUUUGCUGAAUACUACAAAUCAUCUUCCCUGCAUCAGAGAAACAAGGCAUUAGUGAACGAGUUAAGCACACCUCCCCCAGGAGCUAAAGACCUCUACUUCUUCACUCAGUAUUCACAAUCCUCAUGGGGACAAUUCAAGUCUUGCCUUUGGAAGCAGUGGUGGACGUACUGGAGAAGUCCAAGUUAUAACCUUGUUAGAUACUUCUUCACCUUGGCGUGUGCCCUUUUGGUUGGUACAAUUUUCUGGCAGGUUGGCCAAAAAAGGGAGAGCUCAACUGAUCUUAUGAUGAUCAUUGGAUCCAUGUAUGCUGCAGUCUUGUUCCUAGGAAUUAAUAACUGUCAAACAGUCCAACCAAUAGUAGCUAUAGAAAGGACAGUGUUUUAUCGUGAAAGGGCAGCCGGAAUGUACUCUGCGCUACCUUAUGCACUUGCACAGGUGAUUAUUGAGAUACCUUAUGUGUUUGUACAAACCACAUAUUACACCCUCAUUGUGUAUGCUAUGGUGGGAUUUCAAUGGACUGUAGCCAAGUUCUUCUGGUUCUUCUUCAUCAGCUUUUUCUCCUUCCUUUACUUCACAUACUAUGGAAUGAUGACCAUUUCCGUCACACCAAACCACCAAGUGGCAUCCAUAUUUGCAGCAGCUUUCUAUGCACUCUUCAAUCUGUUCUCUGGCUUCUUCAUCCCAAAACUAAAAAUUCCCAAGUGGUGGAUUUGGUACUACUGGAUCUGCCCUGUGGCAUGGACAGUUUAUGGAUUAAUUAUAUCACAAUAUGGUGAUGUAGAACUGCAAAUCAAAGUUCCAGGAUCCUCAGACCAACCUAUUAGAUCGUAUAUUGAGAGCCAACUCGGGUAUGAUCCAAACUUCAUGGGACCAGUUGCAGGUGUUCUGGUUGGAUUCGCAGUGUUCUUCGCCUUCUUGUAUGCCUACUGCAUAAAGACACUGAACUUCCAAAUGAGGUAGACGUAAUUCAUGUGGAGAAAUUCUUCCUCAACCAUGUACGACAAAUGAAAAGUGACCUUGUGAAUACAAAAACACAGUGGAAUGCAAUGGUUGUAUUAGGCCUCUGUGUUAACCUUUUAGAAGCAAAUUUAUUAAGUCGUUUGCAAGAUUUUGAAAGUUGUACUGGGCUACCAGGAAAUGUAAAGAAUUUUGAAGGAAAAAUCUUUGUGCGACAAUGAACAGCUAAAGCUAUA